AUGUCAGGCCAGCAACCGAACGCCUGGCAAACCGCCGGCCGACCACGACACUCCCACUCUGCCUCACGCACACCUCAAAGCCGCUCUGGCACAGCCUCACCCAGCCAGCAGAACCAGAACCAGAACCAGCCUUCGCAGCAGCCACGGCAAGAUAGUGGACGGCCGCAGCAAGCAAACAGUGUAUGGACGCAGCGCAGUAGUAGCACGAGUGGAAGCAACGGGCAAGCGACUACUGGCUCAGCGUCGGCGGCGGUGGUGCAGGACGAGGCGUAUGUGCCUGCCAAUGGCUUCAACGCAGUGGAAGUGAAGGCGGCAUUGGGUAGGGAAGCUGGCCCUGCGGUGUACAAGGUCAACGAGACGGCAAGAGGGAAUGGUAAUAGUGCUUGGGGCGCCAAAUCAAGCCAUAUGGCCAACAAUCAGCCGUUCUUCACGCAGCUGGCUAAGCAAAUCGCUACUUUAGAAGGCGGUGGCUGA